AUGUCCACUGCAGUGAAGAAGACGACGGCUCGCGGAGGAGUGAAGAGGUGGUCGACUGUGCGGGUGUCACCAAGGCGACCGAGGAGAAACCCCGUGAGAGCCGCAAGGCCUGAUCGGAUUCCUCCAAAGAAGCGGAGGAGAGCUCUAAAGAAGAAGAGAAGCGUGGAGAAGGAGAAAGAAGAGAAGUUGAAGGAAGAAGAGAAGCCUCGUCGCCGGCUUCCCUACUACGCACUGGCGAGUUAUGGAAUGCGUAAAUCAGCCCCCUGUGUUAUUCCUUCUGUAAUGCGCCCCACCAUGUAUCUUCACGAAGAGGUGGCCGCGAAGCGUGCUUUGGCCGCGAAGCGUGCUUUGCUCUCAAAAUAG